AUGAAGCUCGAGAAGCUAGCCAUUACCAGCUCGCGUAUGGAGGAAGACGAUGCCCCAGAGGAGCCUCUGAAGGACGAGGUGGUCACAGCGAGCUUGGUCGGUUAUUUCCUUUCUCUGGCAAUUAAGGAGCACGUCUUGGCGGUGCAGCUGAAACAGCUUCAUGAGAAGCUCCUGGCUGAGCACCGGAUAGAGACCGAGCGGCUCGACCAGUCCUGGCGCGACAAGUUCAGCAAAGAGCUCUCUCAGCUCAACGCGCCGCCGAAGGAGACUCAGGCUCAUGAUGCCCAAUGCUAUGCAGAGGAGCGAAACAACGGAUCUGCCCAUGGCUGGGCACCGUUAGGAACCUCGCUCUCGGCGCCUCUCUCGGUGCCCAUGGGAGAUCCGCAAGAGCCCUUGGAAAAUGGCCUGGGGACGAUCCCGUAUCGGUGGGCCGACCUCGCGAUCAAGCUGGCAGACAGCGACGUACGGAACAUGGAGGAGGAUGCGCUGUCCACCUCCGUGAACUGCAGCCUUGUCAUGCAUCCCAACUGGACGAUUUCCGUCCAAGAGGCGAUGAAACGACAUCAACUGCGAAACUACCACAUGCCAGGGGUGGAGGAGUCGACCUCCACGCUCAGGAUGAACGAAGCCAUCAAGGACUCCUCGUGUCUCCAGCGCUUCAUCAUUCCUCCUGGAAGCCUGGCCCAGCUCGUGUUGUCGGCAUUGUGCAGCUGCCUUAUCGUGUGGGAUCUUAUCACAAUCCCCCUGGAGCCUUUCGACUUGCCCAAUUUCCAGAGCUUCCUGGUCAGCUUCGGCAAGGUCACCUUUGUGUUCUGGGUCCUCAACAUACCGCUGCAGUUUAUCCUGGGCGUGGAGGUGGAAGGGAAGAUUGAAAUUCGGCCGCCGGUGCUGGCGCGCCUUUACCUGCGAACCUGGUUCGCAUUGGACGUGGUUGUAGUGAGCUUGGACGCGGUUUUGAUAUUUCUGGAAGACAGCGAGGCUGGCCUGAAGUCGGCGCGCUUCCUGCGAGCGCUGCGUCUGUUGCGGCUGGUGCGACUUCUGCGAGUAGCGAGGUUGCAGCACCAGCUCACACUUUUGGCAAACCGCUUCCUCUCUGCAAACGCCUUCAUGGUGAUGAAGGUCGUGGCCGGCCUCUGCGGGAUCCUUGCAGUGAACCACCUCAUCGCAUGCACCUGGUAUGGCCUGGGCAGCUGGACGGAAGAGCGCAGCUGGAUCGUGCGCAUGGAGAUGCAGGAGGCGGAUUUCCUGGACUACUAUGCCACAUCCAUCCACUGGGCGCUGACGCAAUUCACUCCGGCGACGAACAACGUUGCCCCGGAGAACGCAUUUGAGAGGUUGUUUGCGAUCUUCGUCAUUUUGCUGGCAAUGGGAAUGUUCUCUUCCUUCAUCAGUGCGCUCACGUCGACAGUGAGCGCAUACCGCAACGCCCGAAUGGAGCAGUUUCAUCAACACUCUUUGCUCCUCCGGUUCUUCACGGAAAGGAACCUGUCCACGGAUCUCUAUGGCAAGAUCCGGGAGGUGAUUCGGAAAGAGCGGCACACGGGCAUCAGGUUGAGGGAGGAUGAGGUCCACCUCCUCCACAAGGUACCAGGGGGGCUCAAGUUCCAGCUGCAUGAGGAGAUGUUCCUGUCGCAACUGAACCGGCUGCCCUUCUGGCCGGCCUGGAGCCACUUCGAGGACCAGCACUUUUUCAAGGCCCUGUGCCACGGUGCCAUGGCGGAGCGGGUGACGACGAAAGGACAUGAUGCCUUCACCCCCGAAGGGGACUGCUUGGAGGUGUGUGUCGUGGAAUCAGGGUCCAUGUCCUACGAGCCUGCAAUGUCCUGGCACUGCGAGCGGGUCCGGGAAGGUGCCGUCCUCUGCAUGGCUGCGAUUUGGGCCGAGUGGCAAUAUCGGGGCCGGCUGUCUGCUAGCUUCGGCACCUGCUACUACAUCGGGAUAGACGUCGCUCAGUUCUCCAGGCUGGCUGCUCACGCAGGCGGCCCACUUUGGCAGUUUCUGCAAAUCUUCGGAUUCCUCUUCAUCAGCUCGAUCGAGGCCAUGGACGAGGGAGGUGAGCUCGCGACGGACCUGUGCUGUGAGAUGGCAAAGAUCUCGGAGCUGGUCUCCCGAACGCAGCGUUACUGCGAUACCAUCCGUGAGAAGGGCGUGCUCUUUCAUGCUGCUUCGGGUUCCAAACGUGGGACUGCGGCGUCCCCGCGCGGCCUCUUGCAAAAGCACGAAGCGCGGCCUUCUGUGGCUGAGAGGGCUCCAAUAGCUCCGCCUCCAACAAAAACGGAGACGCAUGAGGACUUUAUCGGCUUUUGCGAAAGCGUCAGCAUGUUGUGGGAUGUCGCCUUCUUCACUGUCUCGGACAGACACCCCUGCUCGGAAUACUUGGGAGAAUAUUCACAGCACGAGAGGUCCGACAUGCAUGAUGUCAAUGUCCAUAGACCAGCACCGGAUGAGAAACCAUCAGCCGUUGAGCAAUACACCACCACAGACCCGAGCCAUCAGAACAGUCAAAAGGGGUGUUUGUCUGCUUUUGCUCGCGUUGCUUCCCCUCGCUUCGUUCCCGCGGUCCCGUGCAGGGCGCCUCCGGGUGAGGGCUCGGAAGGCUCAUCGAUGCUCAUCGCAAUCGCAGCAUCUUUUGAUGCCUCAGUUCUGCGAAACUUUUUAUCCUUUCAUGUCUGGCACCUUUCUGGCCAGUUUCGAUGGGACGACGGAGAAGGGGCCACCGCUCCAGAAGCGCCAGUGCUAGACCCAGAGCGGGCCCAGUCAAGACACCUGUUCCAGAAUUCCGAUGGUUCGCUCAACAUGCAGAUGAGCCGCACGGCCAGCUUGAUGCUGGUGGACAUGGACGAGUUCUGUGCGGAAGCGGAAGCCGAGGAGGGGCACAUUGUGGAGUUGGAACGGGACCGGCUCAACGCGCAGCAGAGGCGUAUCGCCAGCUCCACCCUGAUUGAGGAGAUGGCAAAGAUCACCGACUACGCAGACCCGUCUGGCACGGUGAUGCUACAAGGCUUCAACUGGGAGAGCCACAAAGCCGGCAAAGGGAACUGGUAUGGCAUCGUGGAGUCGAAGGUGGAGAUGCUCGCAGAUUUGGGAAUCACGGACGUUUGGCUGCCGCCCUGCUCGCAGUCCGUCGCCCCCCAGGGCUACCUGCCCUCGCAGCUGUUCAACCUCGAUGCAUCUGCCUACGGCAAAAAGGAUGCAUUGAAGUCCCUGCUGAAAGCGCUGCACGACAAGGGCAUGCGGGGCGUCGCAGACAUCGUCAUCAACCAUCGCUGCGGGGACAAGCAGGACGAGCAGGGUCGGUGGAACGUAUUCACCAGCACCGGCAUCGAAUCCCGGAAGAGCUUCCAUGGCAUCAUGGACUGGCAGGGCUGGGCGAUCACGCUUGGCGACAAGUUCUCCGACGGAACCGGGGAGCGAGGUCCUGGCAACUACGACGGGAAGUUCGACGCAGCGCCUGAUAUUGACCACGGGAACAAGAAGGUGCAAAGCAGCAUCGCAAUUUGGCUCCGCUGGCUCCGCCUGGACAUCGGCUUCGAUGCCUGGCGCUUCGACUUUGUCAAAGGCUAUGGCGCCGAAUAUGUUGGCCACUACUGCAAGAAGAGCGAGCCUUCCUGGGCUGUCGGGGAGCUGUGGUUGGACAUGGAGUACGACCACGAUGGCUUGAAGUACAACCAGGACAAGCACAGGCAGGACACUGUGAACUGGAUCAACGGCACGGACAAAGAGAGCACGGCGUUCGACUUCACAACCAAAGGCAUCCUCCAGGAAGCAGUCCGCAAUACCCAGUACUGGCGGCUGAAGGACUCCAAUGGGAAGCCUCCAGGCCUGCUGGGCUGGAUGCCGACUCACGCAGUGACCUUCCUGGACAACCACGACACGGGGAGCACCCAAGCCCACUGGCCAUUUCCAAACGACAAGGUUCUGGUGGGCUACGCCUACAUUCUCACUCACCCUGGCAUCCCAUGCAUCUUCUGGGACCACGUCUGCGACUGGGGUGAGGACAUGCGAAAUCGCAUCAAGACGCUUCUGCAGCUGCGCAGGAGGGCAGGGAUCAAGGUGGAUGACCAGGUGAACAUCCUUUGUGCUGACCAAGACCUGUACAUUGCAGAGAUCGGCUCCCCAGCAGCGCUGCGUGUCGCCCUGGGGCCAAAGCAUUCGGGCGUGGACGGCGGCUGGGCCCCGGGCGCAGAGGGCGCGGACUACCGCGUCUGGAUUCGUGAGGGCAAGUGA